CAGCCGCUCCGGCUCUGUCGCCCGCGGAGGCAGCAGCGACUGCCCCAGCCACGGCAGCUGGUGGGUUCGGUGCACUUCUGUAAGGCGCUGCUGGGGGGGGGGACUUCCCUUGCAAGGCAGAAGCAAAGCUCCGCGUUCUUUCGGAACGGCUGGUUUGAAAAUUGCUGCCGCUUCGGCCCGGCGGCUCCCACUUCUCCCGAGGCGCUGCCGAUUCGAGGAGGAAGGACGCGAGAAAUCUUUCCUCCAUUUCAAAAAGAAAAUAAAAGAGAUUCCAGUUAUGCCUUCCUUAAUUUGGUUCAGCCUGCUGCUGCUUUUUCCCAGCGUUACAACUUCAAAGACUUGCUUCCCAGGAUGCCACUGUGAAGUGGAGAGCUUUGGUCUGUUUGACAGCUUCAGCCUAACUAAGGUCGACUGCAGUGGGAUUGGAUCUCAUAUAGUGCCUGUCCCCAUUCCCCUGGACACUACAUACCUGGAUUUGUCAUCAAACAAUCUGGAAUCCAUCAAUGAGUCUAUGUUGACUGGCCCUGGAUAUACGACGUUGGUCAGCCUAGAUAUGAGCUACAAUAAAAUCUCAAAGAUCUUUCCCACCACGUUCUCUAGACUCCGGUAUCUUGAAUCCUUGGAUCUGAGUCACAACUCUUUGGUUGCCCUCCCAGAUGAGUGCUUCUCCAGGUCGCCCUUGGGGGAUGUCGAUCUCAGCAACAAUUUCAUCCUGGAGAUAACGACAAACAUCUUUGCAACAAAAGGUCAAGGGAAACCGAUCAACGUCGAUCUCUCAAAUAACUUAAUAAGCCUUGUUCUGAGACACCAGGACAAAGUCGUUCCCAACAUUCAGAGCUUAAAUCUGUCUGGAAACAGGCUAAAGGGUAUCCCGGACCUCCAAGGGAUACCACUCCAGUUCUUAAACCUUGAUGGAAACCCAAUCGCGGCCAUUGAGAAAGGGGCAUUUGUGGGGCUGAAGGAUUUGAUCCAUCUGUCGCUCAGCGGAAUUCCUGACCUGUUGGGGAUUUCCCCGUACAGCUUCAAAGAUCUGCCUGCUCUCCAAGUGCUUGAUUUAUCCAACAACCCCAACAUUAAAUUGUUGAAUGCCGAGGUUUUCUACAGCCUAAAUUCUUUGCAAGAACUCAAUCUGUCUGGCACAGGGGUGGCCAAUUCCUUAUCAAAAACAAUGCUGAAAUACUUGCCUUCCAUCAAAAGCAUCACUAUGGGCAAGAAUGUAAAAUGUCUUAAGACAAUCCGAGAGGGCCAAUACCACAGACAAACUGGGCUGACCAAGAAAGAGGUCCUAAGUUGCCAUGACAGUCGUGGGUCAGUAGCAGUGGCACCCUAUGUUUUGUGACAAGGGGUCAAGGAGAAUGUAUGGAUGCCCGUACUUUGAAAAGCCGCAAAUGUGCCUUCUGUAAAAAACUGUUAAUUUAUAUAUUUUGUAUAAUUCAAUACUUGAUUACAAUGAUUGAUUGAAGACA